AAUUGCGCUCUACCUGUACCAGCACGUGUACUCGGUGAGAAGACCGUAUAGAAAGCACAAUAACAGAGAAGUUUGAGCAUACAUGAUCACAAUCCACAUCGUGCAAUAGUUUUUACUUCGAUAUGCGUUAGUCAUCCAGUAAUACAGUAAUAAUGGUGCAAUAUGCCUCGCUAUAUGACGACUAUGUUCCUUUCGAAUCGGAGAGGUUCCGUGGCACGCACGAGAACCGACAAUUCCUACGACGCUGGGACAAGUUGAACGGAAUGGUGUGGGUUGGUGCAUCCCAUGGUAAAAUUCCCGAGAAUGCUGUCGUCGCAGGUUACGAAGGGAGACACAAACUGUACGUCGGGCGGGCAGACAUAAUGCAAUCAAUCGCACCAGGAGUUGUCAUGCCUCACAGGAGGGCCUGUUUCGUGGCAUGGGGCGGCAAAAGCCACAAGCGAGCAGCGUAUGAAGUGCUCUGUACCGCGGGAGAGUUCGUCCCUAUCGAUAGUACUAACACGUUGUUGAGAGGAACUCCGGCGGGCAUUUCGGAGCAGGGCGAACCAUUGUAUAUAGGACGUGCCAAACUAGAUGGGUCGCUCAUCAGUGGCAAAAUCCAGAGGUCAUACUUCUUCUGCUAUAUACCCCACAAAGGAAAAGAAGUAGAAAAUUUAGUGUUUGAAAGUGAAAUUUUCAUUAAAGCUAGCUAAGGUUGAAUGUCAUGAGUCGGUUUUAAGUAUCGUUUUAUAAGUGUAAAAAAAUUAGUUAAAAAAUAAGGGUAAAGAACCUUCAUGUCACAAUUGCAGUAGCAGAUUGCCGCUUUGUCCACUUAUAUGACGGAACAAUUAAUCCUACGCAUAUAAGAGCCAAGGAUUAUAUUAUCAAUUAGCCCAUUCAUAAAAUAUGUAAAUCAUAAUAUUCUUCAUUUCAAUGUUUCGCUUACGAAAGCGAAGGACUUCGGUUUGUUGGAGAUAGCAGUAUUGAGAUAAGUUAUGCAGUAUUGAGCUUCACAUCGAGUCAGUGGUGUAGCGCCACCCGCCCCGGGUGUCACCCCUCCAACCAAAUCUUGGUCAACAUAUGAAAAUUGUAAGAAAUAUAACAAACAUUAUUGGGGGUAAAAUCAA